CUUAUUCACGAGUUAUUUAGGGAGCAAGCUGGGCCGGGUACACACACACACACGCCCCUCCACACUAAUACUCCCUCCAGUUCCUGCAAAACCAUACUGACACCACCAUGGAUUCUCUACCUAUGACUAUGGACAGAGACUCCCUACAGCAGCUACUGGGUGAGAUUGAUACAGUAUUGCUGGACUGUGAUGGUGUAUUAUGGCAAGGGGCACAAGGAAUGGACCUCAUACCUCGGGCUAAUGAAGUCGUCAGUAGGCUGCAGGCGAUGGGCAAGAACGUGUUCCUCAUUACCAACAACUCCACCAGGACUCAGGACAGCUACCAUGAGAAAUGUCGCUCACUAGGGUUCAAUGUUGACCAAGACCACAUCCUGUCUGCACCCUACAUCCUGGCCCAGUACCUGAAGGAGAUCGACUUCAGGAAGAAGGUGUAUGUGGUGGGGGCUCCAGGUCUUGCCCAGGAGAUUCAGAAAGUGGGAAUCCAGUGCAUCGGAGUUGGGCCUGAAAAGGUUGAAGGUUCUCUAUACAAUGCUGUGGCUCAAGGCACCUUAGGGCUUGACCCCAAUGUGGGUGCUGUUGCUGUCGGCUUUGAUCGGGAUUUUAAUUAUGACAAACUUCUUCGUGCUACAAGUUACCUGGCAAACCCAGAGUGUCUAUUUCUGGCCACCAAUACAGAUAAAAAAUAUGUUGUCACUGGUACCAGACACCAUCUUCCUGCGGCUGGAAUCCUUGUCAACGCCAUUGAGAACGCCUCUAGUCGGCCGCCCAGGGUGAUGGGGAAGCCUUCCCUCAAUAUGUUGUACAUGCUUCAGGCCCGCUAUAAUGUGCAGCCUGAGAAAACUCUCAUUAUUGGAGACACGCUAGACACAGACAUCCUGCUCGGUAAUGAGUGUGGGAUGUGGACAGUGCUGGUGCUGAGUGGUGUCACUACCUUACAAGAAGCCCGCCAGCUUACCACAAAUCAAGACCCACAGAAGCAGAAGCAGGUGCCCUUGUUUUACCUUCAGUCUGUGGCUGACAUUCUCACACUGCUUGAUGAGCCAGUGAGCAAUCAAGUAAGUGAACAACAAUAAUGCUGUUUCUGUGGUGAAGUUAGAAAAGCACUUGAAAAAAUCCAUGAUGUGUAAUCAGCAAAUACCCCAAAACAAGUUUGAAAAACAGUUGAGCUAAUGACUGUAUUCUUUAUGUAUGGUAGUGUAGAUUAUCUCAUUGUCACUGGUGUGUAUAGUCUGUCUGUAUCUCUCUGUACAUUAACUUUUUCUUAUUAAGGUCCUCCAGCAUCUACAUUAUUGGCUACAAGGUUAUCUGUAGAUCAAACAAGGAUUUCAUCAGUAGUGUCAACAUUUUAGAGAUUUUUCUUGAUACUGUAUGUAGAUUAUGUAGAAUUUCUUCAAUAUUUGUAGCUGUACUGACAUUUUUUUUAUUAUAUUUACUGAACCUUCUAGAGCCUAUUAAUGAUGGUAAACUGAGAUGUUAUUGAUGUGUUGACAUUCUUGGAUAUCUUCAUUAUUUGUAAAAUGUAAUGAAGAUUAUAUUGUCCGAUGCAUUUAUCAGCCAUUAACUUCACUGAAACAUUUUUUUACAAUUACAGUAUAGAUUAAUUUUCAGUAUUGUUUGUGUUGGCUGUUGGUUAUUAUUUUGAAACUUAAAAGCAUAAUUUAUUUUCUUAGUGAGCAAUUUCUCCAUAAUCUUUCAGAGGUUAUGCUUUAUGCUAAAGCUUUGGUAACUUAGACGUGCUGUGUAUCAGAAUUUUGAUAAUUCAAAUGUUUUUUUGUUUUCAUUUGUGAAAAAAUACUGUAUAAAAAGGAUUGUUUUCUAUUAUUAUUUUGCUGUGGCAACUAUACAUUUAAUUUUCAAUUUAAUUUAGCAUUUUCAUUUUUGCCCUUAUUUUUAUGUAAUGUUUCUCUGAGGUCAACAACCCCUCCAGCAUGUGAGGUGGUAAUGUAGCUGUUGUUGUCAGUAAGUCUGAUCACAAGUCCAACAUCUAGAUUUAAAAAGACAAUGUUAAUAUCAUCCCCAAACUGAUGUUAUGAGAACAUAUCUAUUUAGAUGGCGUUUCAAUGUAAUUUUAUGCAUCAUCUAGUAUUCUAACAGAAGUUAGUCACAUAGUGUGUUCUUAUGGGAAAAACUUACACAUGAAUCUUUGAGAGUACAGCCCAUGUCUGUUGCUGCUGAGCUAUAGUUGGUUCUACUUAAGUUGGUGAAAGCAAACCCUGUCCCCAGUGGACCUGACUGGUGGAUGCUAAACGGGGGACAGUGAGCCAUACUUUUGGUCACCAGUCGAGCCCAGGCAUUGUUAUGUUCGUUGAUGGGUUGUGUCUUUUCACUCUUUAACGCUUAGGCCCUGGGGGACGUUCCAGAACGUCCGCCUAUUUCCCUGCCAUUUUUAUUUUUGUAUUUAUUUAUUUUUUAUUUUUGGAAAAGUUGAUUUUUUUCUCGAUUUAACCCCGCAGGGGGGGUACUGCCAGCAGCACCCUAACCCGGGGCUUAAGGUUUAACCCAAGAAAAGUGCAUUUAUAAGUCAGAAUGGUAAAUGCCCCAUAUAUUCCGAGUUAUCAAGGGUUUACUGUACUCCUUAACCUCUUUUGGGUUAGGAUGACUGUAAAUAUCUCUCUCAUGCUGUCAACUUUCUGGUCUCAGAGAAACACUCUGGGUAAAGUUCCAAGUCUUGUUUUGUGUACUUUAUUCUACUUAUCUUUGUGUUCUUCACUAUUCUUCCUUCCAUGCCAGGAGAGAACAUCAGCCUACUCUGAUAAACUAUGGCACUGCAUGAGUUUUAUAUAUACAGUAUUUAAGUUAUUUACAAUUUUGUAUUUUAAUAUAUAUAGCAGUGUAGAAGAAAAUAAAAAAAGUAUUACUCGUGCCAGUAACUUAGAGGUCAGAUACUGUUUUUGUAUUGCAUAUUGUAAUUAUUGUACAUUAGUAAAUUCAGUACAGUAUUAGAGAUUUAAAGUACAGUAGUGUUGUCAUUAUAAUCUGGUAGAACACGUUAUCUCUCGGAGGAAACUGAAGAUUAUCCAGUAUUGUAUGUCGUAAACUCUCAUUUUAAUAGGUACAUUUACACAACACUGAAUAAACAUUAUAAAAAAUAUAAAUAUUAAAAUUGUCAACACUUAAAUAUAGAUAUAUUUAUAUAGUAAUUACUGAUGUGUUACUACUAACAACUGGUUUAUGACUUAUUAAAUUAAACUAAAACUUGUGAAAAUAUAUUUAUAGAAGACUGGAUAUAUUGUGAAAAGUAUGUAAACAAUGGAUAAAACUUUGUUUGAA